GAGCCGAGCCUUAAAGUCGGGAGCAGCCCGAGGUGUGAGCGGGCAGCGCAGACUGCGCAGUCACUGGCCAGCCGCGGGCAGCGGGCAGCGGGCGCGGGGAGGAGCGGCUGGCCGGCGCGCGGCUGCCUCUUGGCGCGGUGCGACCCCGCGGAGCGCCCGGGCCGCUCCCCGCUCCUUCCAGUCUGGAUUUCACCCGUUUCUCUGCUCGCCUUCCCAGCCUCCACCGUUUUUAACCGGGGUAUUUAACCGCCUAGGAAACUGUCACUUGAAAUGUCACUGCUAGACCUGCAUUUUGAUGCAGAGAAAGAUGGGAGGAGACGAGAGAAUUAAGUCGGCUCCAGUUUUCCACACCCUCCCUACUCUCCUCCUUUUCCUUCUCAUUUAAAGAAAAAAAAAAACAUACUUUUUUUUUUUUCUGCUGAAAAUCAGCACAGGCCUCAGCAUUUGGCAAUUCUUCACGUGGGGAGCGGGGGUUUUACUGUUGAAUGUGUUUGUGUCGCGCCCGCGCGCACCCGACAGAAAUGGGGAUGCUGAAAAAUUCCUGUGCGUCAACUUGCAGAAUACGUCAUUUUCAUUCGCUCUGUUCCGGGGGCAAGAUAGAUGAGGCUUGGGGGUUCUUGUUUGUUUGCUUUUAAGGUCGUUUCACAAAAUCAUGGGUCAGAAGCUGACGAAUGAGAUAGAACUGGUUAUCUUGUCCAAGUCACGGGAAAAGUGUUGCUGCUGCUUUAUUUCAUGAAGUGUUGAUUUCAGUUUAGAGGCUUAUUUUGCCAGAGGGAGAAGCCUGAUCUUCCCUUAAAAUUAACAGCAAUUGAACUUGCCCUGGACAAAUUUAGAUAGUCAUUUGUAUCUUGUACCAGUAAGGUUUCAUGUACCUGGGGAUUGCAGCUGGAAUAAAGCAGCAUUUUGUUAUUAGCGGUAAUGAAUAUUUCUGGGGGUGGAUGUUAGUGUGUAUUCCAGUCGGAAGUGCAUUAGAAUGUCUUACACCCUUUUAAGAAUUUCAUUUCUGCCCAUUGGCAGGUUUUGGAGUAGAGUCCAGCUGACUGCAAAUCUCUGAACAGUUUAGUUGACCUGGUCAAAUUUUAACAAGAAAGAAGCAGUAGAGGGUAAAAUGGGUAGUUUGCUGCAGGGUUGGGGGCUUUUGUCAAAGACUGAGUGGAAAUGACAGGGCUUGGAAGUGUGGUGAUCUGGAUUUGCUUGAUGGGACCGUUCUUGCUAGCCUCAGCCAAGCUAAGGCAGGUGAGCCAGACAUGCAUGUGAGGUUGUUCUGUAUUUCCAUCUUCUUUCUGGUGUUUGAGAGCAGACCUUUUAGUGUGCACCCUUGAAACGGAUCCUGCUCCUUAGAGGUAAGUGCCUGUUCUGAUGGACACAGAGGAUGAUGCACUGAUACAAAAAUAUGGCGAAAGCCAAGAGUUUAGACUACAUCAGAGGUAUCUUAGAAGGCUAGAGAGAGAGUUCAGCGGGCUGGAGCACUUGCCAUCUGGGUUCAAUCCCCUAGCACAGCCAUGUGUGGCCCCCAAAACAAGCAAAAAGCUAUCUUAGAGCAAGAAGUGGAUGACCUCCAUUAGGACCCCCAAGAUAUUCCAAGGGGUCACACUUAGGUAAAACUUACAUGCUGGGGGUCAGGGCAUGAGACUAAGGGCUAGCUGGUAGGAUAGUGAGGGCCUCGGAAGGAAACAAGGUCUGAGGGACCAUGGUUUAAAAAAUACUGAGAAAUGGUAUAUAGAGAAUUUGUGAAUCCAAGUAUCAUUUAUUGCUAUUAUUAUUAUUACUAUUUGUUUUGUUUUGGGGCCACACCUGGCAGUGCUCAUGACUUACUUUCUCUUGGGUCUGCACUCAGGAAUCCCUUCUAACAGAGCUAAGGGACCAUAGAUGGUGCCAGGGAUUGAAUCUGCAUCUGCCAUGUACAAGGCAAACCACCCUACUUGCUGUACUGUCUCUGUGGCCUCAUAUCACUUUAUUUUAAAAAUUAUUCUCAUUUAGUUUUUAUAGGGGCCAUACCCAGUGGUUGUCAGGGGUCCCAGCAGGCCCAGGACCCACCACGGCUAUACUUGGUGAUACUCGAAGGCCCCUGUGGUGCCAGGAAUCGAACUCUGGGCCUUAAACUUGCUAGUCAUGUGCUACCACUUGGUUGUCUCUCUCACCCUGAGUACUGCUCACAUUUAGAUGUCCUGAGAAGAAUUGUAUGGUACUACAUACAUCAAAAAUUCCUUUAUGAAAAAUUAGAUUUGUUUUGAUACCUUUUUGGGGGGCUACACCCACCUGUGCGCAGGGCUUCCUCCCAACUCUACUCAAGGGAUCACUCCAGGCAGGACUCGGGGUACUAUAUUGAGUGCCAGGGAUCAAACCUGGGGUCUGCUGCAUGCAAGGCAUGUGCUUUAACCUCCUGCUCUGUCUCUCGGCCCAGAUUUGCUAUGAUUCUAUUAGACUGAUUUAUUUAUUGUUUUAGGGUCCUAUCCAGUGGUGCUCAGGGGUUAUUCCUGGCUCUGUGCUCGGGGAUCAGUCCUGGCAGGGCUCAGGGAACCAUGUGACCUCACCACUCUACAGUCUCUUUAGCCUCUUCAUCAAACAUGUUUUACAGAAAAUCCCAAACAGUAUCUUAUUUCAUAUUUUCAUUAUAUAAAUCAUUUCAGUGUUGGAAAAGAUUAUGUUUGUCCUUUUCAGUGACAUUGAUAUCCCACAUUCCAUGAAAGGACAAAUAUUUUCUUAACAGGUUUCCAGUCCAUAGUCACAUUUUUCUGAUUACCCCAUUGGUUAUUUGAAUAAGAAUUUAAACAAACAGAGCAUGUUAAAUAGAAAGUGUGGCUAGUUAUGUGUCACUAAUCACUUUUUAAUCCUCUCAUUCUCUUCUCCUCCAUUAUUUUAUUAGGGAAAAAAAAAACCUGAUUGAUCAGUCAUUUCCAAGUCUGGAUUUUGCUGGUUACAGUUCUGUUCUGUGUUUGUAAAUUUUAAAUAUUUGUCCUAUUAAUUUGAUUUGGCGUGUGGGUGUUGCGGACACAUCCUGCAGUGCUCAGGGCUUACUUCCAGCUCUGUGCUCUGUGAUCACUCUUGGUGAUACUUGGGGAGUCACACGUGAUGCCAGGGAUCAAGACGGGGUCUGCUGCAUAGAGAGCAAGCACCUUAACCUUUGCACUGUCUCUCCCUCCAGCCUCUCAUUUGAUAUUUUUGUGUCAUGAAUUGACAGGAUUCGUGUAGUGGUUUGCCAGAGGAAAUCGGUAGCCAAGAAGCAGAAGCAUUUAAGAAAAACAGAAGACUUUGGGUGGAUUUCGACAGCCCGGAAUAGGCCUGUGCCAUUCUUGGGCACCUGCCUCCUUCAAGACCUGCUCUGCGCACCGCCUCUUCUGGGAAGCCUGCCUGGACUCUCCCUGUCUGGCACCUGGAUGCAAAAAUGAUCCUACACAUCCUUUCAUCUAUCUUUGGUGUUUAUUUAAAGCGAGGAGCGAAGUUUGGAGGUAGCCGCCGGGCGAGCGGCGCGGCGGCCGGCGCGGGGAGCGGGCCCCGCCGCCCGGCGCGGGGGUGAGCGAGAGAGAGCGGCGGAGCGCGUGUGGCCGGCGCCGCUCGGCCGGGAGCGCCCGCGCCCGCGCCCCGCGCCCGCCGCCGCCGCCGCCGCCCCUGGUGCGAUGGCGCAGAAACCCCGUUGACAAGGCACUGCUUUUUCAUGACGUUGUCAUGGAUGAUGAUGAUGAUUCGUGUCUCCUUGAUCUUAUUGGAGACCCACAAGCAUUGAACUAUUUUCUACAUGGACCUAGUAAUAAAUCUAGCAAUGAUGACUUGACUAAUGCAGGAUAUUCUGCAGCCAAUUCAAAUUCAAUUUUCGCCAACUCUAGUAAUGCUGACCCUAAGUCGUCCCUCAAAGCUGUAAGCAGCCAGCUUGGAGAAGGGCCCAGUGACGGACUGCCUCUCUCGAGUAGCCUUCAGUUUCUGGAAGAUGAACUUGAGUCUUCUCCCCUCCCUGAUCUCAGUGAGGACCAACCUUUUGACAUUCUUCAGAAAUCCUUGCAGGAGGCCAACAUCACUGAGCAGACUUUGGCAGAAGAGGCGUACCUGGAUGCCAGUAUAGGUUCAAGCCAACAGUUUGCACAAGCCCAGCUUCAUCCUUCUUCAUCAGCAUCCUUUACUCAGGCUUCUAACGUUUCUAAUUACUCAGGGCAGACACUGCAGCCUGUGGGGGUGGCCCACGUGCCGGUGGGAGCGUCGUUUGCAAGCAGCACCGUGGGCGUGCAGCAUGGCUUCAUGCAGCAGGUGGGCAUCAGCGUUCCUGGCCAGCACUUACCCAACAGCAGCCAGAUCAGCGGUUCUGGUCAGAUCCAGCUGAUUGGGUCAUUUGGUAACCAACCUUCCAUGAUGACGAUUAACAACCUCGAUGGCUCUCAGAUCAUACUAAAGGGCAGCGGACAGCAGGCACCAUCGAACGUGAGCGGAGGACUCCUGGUCCACAGGCAGACCCCGAAUGGCAACUCCUUGUUUGGGAACUCCAGUUCCAGCCCCGCGGCACAGCCCGUCACCGUCCCAUUCAACAGCACGAGUUUCCAAACGUCUGUACCUGUGCAUAACAUCAUCAUACAAAGAGGUCUCACACCGAAUUCAAAUAAAGUCCCAAUCAACAUCCAGCCGAAGCCCGUCCAGAUGGGGCAGCAGAAUACGUACAACGUGAACAACUUGGGGCUCCAGCAGCACCACGUCCAGCAGGGGAUCUCCUUCGCCUCCGCCAGCUCCCCGCAGGGCUCAGUGGUCGGGCCGCACAUGUCCGUGAGCAUCGCGAGCCCACAGGCCCCGAGGAAACCGGUCACCUCGCAGGCAGUGGGCAGCACGGGCGGCAGCAUCGUCAUCCACUCGCCCAUGGGCCAGCCUCACACGCCCCAGAGUCAGUUCCUCAUCCCCACCAGCCUUGCCGUCAGCUCCAACUCGGUCCAUCACGUCCAGACCAUCAACGGGCAGCUGCUGCAGACCCAGCCCUCGCAGCUCAUUUCGGGCCAGGUGGCCUCGGAGCAUGUCAUGUUGAACAGAAACUCUUCCAACAUGCUCAGGGCCAACCAGCCCUACUCCGGACAGAUGCUGAACAACCAGAACGCCGCCGUCCAAUUAGUGUCUGGCCAGACGUUCGCCGCCUCCGGCAGCCCCGUGAUCGUCAACCACGCCUCCCCCCAGAUGGUCGGCGGGCAGAUGCCCUUGCAGCAAGCAUCCCCCACUGUCUUGCACCUGUCGCCCGGGCAGGGCAGCGUCUCCCAAGGAAGACCUGGCUUUGCGGCCAUGCCCUCAGUGCCCAGCAUGUCCGGACCCUCCCGGUUCCCUGCGGUCAGCUCCUCCGGCACCGCCCACCAGAAUCUCGGGUCAGCCACUCAGGCGGGGGCGCCGGGCUCCAGCUUUACCCCCGAUCAGCUGACCCCGCCCAACAGGACUCCGGGGCCGGGCAAUGCCUCUCACCGUCUUCCGGUCUCCACUUCCAAGUCCACCAGCACCUUCAGUAACACGCCGGGCACAGGAACCCAGCAGCCGUUCUACUGCCAGGCUCAGAAAAAGAGUUUGAAUCAGCCGUCCCCCAUUUCCGCUUCCAGGACCCCAGAUGGCCUGAGGCAAGCACAGAUCCCUGGCCUCCUGAGCACCGCCCUGCCAGGGCAAGAUUCUGGAAACAAAGUCCUCCCGGCACCCUUAGGAACCACCCAGCCACAGCAGGACAAAGUAGCUGGAUCAUCUCCCGGCCAGCCAGCUCUGCAGGUGGAUGGUCACUCGGGAGGACAGAAGAGGCCUGCAGCAAAGCAGCUAACUAAAGGAGCUUUCAUCCUCCAGCAGUUACAGAGGGACCAAGCCCAUGCCGUGACCCCUGACAAGAGCCAGUUCCACUCGCUGAGCGACGCCGUGCAGCGGCUGCUCUCCUACCACGUGUGCCAGGGCUCCAUGCCCUCCGAGGAAGACUUGAAGAAAGUCGACAGUGAAUUUGAGACGGUUGCCGCCCAGCUCCUGAAGAGGACCCAGGCUAUGCUGAACAAGUACCGGUGUCUGCUGCUGGAAGAUGCCCUGCGGAUCAACCCCUCUGCGGAGAUGGUGAUGAUGGACAGGAUGUUCAACCAGGAGGAGAGGGCGUCUCUGUCCCGGGACAAGCGGCUGGCACUUGUAGACCCUGAGGGCUUCCAGGCUGAUUUCUGUUGUUCCUUCAAACCUGACCGCGCUGCCCCAGAGACGCACUUUGGCAGGAGUGACCAGCAUGGUGGGAAAACGUCCAGCUCCCUCCAUCCGACACCCAAGGCCCCGAGCAGAGAUCGAGCCAAACCAGGCGCAGCAGAACCCCCGAAUCAUGACCCGUUUCAUCUAGUGCCUAAUCACAUCGUGGUCUCCGCAGAAGGAAACAUUUCGAAAAAAACUGAAUGCCUCGGCCGGGCCCUGAAGUCGGACCGAGGGGGCUUAGCUCAGUACCGGGGCGCGUCGGAAGAGAAGUGCAGCCGGAGGGACUCCGUGAAGGCCAGGGAGUGCUCCCCUGGUCCCGAGGGACACCGGAAAUGCUUGUCCAGACCCGAUGCUGGGACUGAGAGCAAACUCUCGAGUAUCCUUGCCGACCCCCACUUGGAGCUGACGUGUAACAAUUCCUUCCAGGACAAAGCGCUGCGGAGUUCUCCAAAGAAUGAAGUUUUACAUACAGACAUCAUGAAAGGGUCAGGCGAGCCCCAGCCCGACCUCCAGCUCACCAAGAGUCUAGAAACCACGUUUAAGAACAUCUUGGAACUCAAGAAGGCCGGGCGGCCGCCCCAGAGUGACCCUGUGGUGAGCGGCUCUGUGGAGUUGGAUUUCCCCAACUUUUCUCCAAUGGCUCCGCAGGAAAAUUGCCUGGAAAAGUUUAUCCCGGACCACAGUGAAGGCGUUGUCGAAACUGACUCCAUUUUAGAAGCAGCUGUAAAUAGCAUCUUAGAGUGUUAAUAGCAGCCGUCCCGCCCCGCCCCCCGCCCCACCCCAGACCCCACCCCGGACAAGUUACACUCUUUCCUGGCAAAAGCAAAUGGAAUCGGUCUCCUGUCUCCAGCCUGCUCGAUCUUUCAUCACAGGUUAUUCUUUCUGAUCUCAGACCCCUUCUUUGUCGAAGAGCAAUACUCGUGAGGCUACGGGGAGGCCCUCUAGGAGCAGCCCUGGGGAGCAGUCUGGUAGGCCCCGCACAUUUCAAGUGUUACGGAAGUGCUUAUAUAGUCUUGCUUUUUUGUUGUUGUUGGCUUUUUUGUUUUGUUUUUGUUUUUUUAUUUGCCCCCCCCUUUCUCUCUUUUAAGAACACUGUAACUCAAUGAAAUCACAGUAUACUUCUUAGCCCUGAGUAAAAAUUUGACAAUCAUCUAAGUUAUUUGAGGAGAAUCGACUCAUUAAAGGAGAUUAAACAGGACUGGUAGAAGCUACUUUUUAAAGAAUAUCCCGCUGGAUCUGCAAAUUUUAGUUUGGGGAUGGGUUAAUUUUGUUCUGGGGAGGUGGUUUUAUUUUUUUCCUGUUGCUGUGGUGAGGGGGGAGACAAGCCGGUUCUCCCUCCGCUCUGCUAGCACUGGGCAGUGAGUCGCUGCCCACCGCACCCCGGCCCCCUGCCCCCCUGCCCAGUCCGGGCGGAAGGGCACAGCAGAUCAGCUGCAGGUAUCUGUGCUCAGGCCGAGGUGCUCGGCUGCUCUCUCCCCAGGCUGCAGAGCAAAGCCUCAGGCUCAGGCUCUUGGGCACAGCCACACUGAAGUCCGUCUGGCGGGUGCUCCACGCCUAGUGGCAGCAGCCUGGCUUGAGACACUGUCCCCGGGCGAAAUAAAAGCCAAUGGAAACCAGUGGAGUCCAGAGUGCAGGGGAGCCAGGGCGAGCCGUGAGGAACACACUGUGUAUAUAUGUAAAGGCAUAUAUCCGCUAGCGCGCGAGAAGACAGGCGUACGUGUCUGAUCCUCGGACACAGCCAACAGACGCUGUUCUGUUUCCAUUUGUCGCUGGGUUUUCCUGCCUUCCACCUUCUCUGCAUCGUCUCCCACAGCCAGCUGCCAGCCAUCAGCACUUGCCCUUGAAAACAGUGUUGUAAAUCGGGUUUGUUUGUUUUCUUUUUUUUUAGUUUAAAGUCAGUUCAGGGGUCUUUGGCCUUGUACCUGCUUCUUGUUGUCUGAGAACCUGUAGUCAGCCCCAGCAUCAAUCACUACCAAAUCACAGACAAACCAAAAGUCAGCAGCGCACCCUGGCCCGGAGGGAACGACCGGGUCGGGCUCCGGCUUGAGAGCAGGGGUGUGGGCCCACGUUCCUCCCCGAGCCCCGGGCAGACUGCUUUAUGGACGCGUGUUUCUUUUCAGGGGCACUGUCCCCACUCUUCCUUUUUUCUACACCCCCCACACGGCAUUGCCUUUCUGUGGCUUCUUUCACGACGUGACAGCCUGUUGCCAGGAGAGCCACAGAAUAGCGUUUUACAGACACGCCCACGUGCCCCCCCCCCCCAGAGGCCACUUCGGUGGCUGUGCACACACGCUGCCCCUUUCAUGCAUGUGCUCUCGUCCAUGCUGUCUCCCCUCUGGCUUUUGGAGGUGCGGCCACUGCCUCCACUCUGACACGUCACCAGACCCGCUUCUGGCUGUCCCCAGAGCAGGGGCAGGCCGCCGUUUUCCUCGUAUUGGACAUUUCUCUCCAGCUUGGCCUACGGUUGAAGGGAAGGUUCCCAGUUGCUAGGAAAACACAGCCACAGGCGACCUGCCCACCCCCACCCCAUCCCCGCCCCCAGAGCAGUCCCCAAGAGAGCCUUCAUCGGAGCAGAGCUCCUCCCCCCAGCCUCGCCCGCCAACGGGAACUGGAAAAUCGGGGGCCAUUUUAGGGCCACCGUUUUUUCCUUAUUUGUGCCAAUGUCCACGUUGCAGGUUUUCCCUUUUUCCUGUAUUGUAACAUAUUAGAAAGAUGAGUUGGUAUUGCCAGUUGGAAUUUUCUGCUUGGGCAGCCCUGGGGUAACACCCUUCCCUGCACCCCUCGAUUUCGUAGGCCCUUCUUCUCUUGGGGCUCCUUGAAAAAGGACUCCCCUCCUGAUCAAAUCCUUCUCAUUGUGGAAUUUUAUGCCUGGAAGCCUGCCCACAGGCUCCUCAGAGUUACAUUAAUUACCAAGAAUCAGUGGAAUUCUUACAAGAUAAGAUGAGCUUCCUGGACCUUCCCGUCUGCCCCUGGCCACCCCUGCCCUCACUUCUCUACUGACCGUCUCAGUGGGUUUUGAGGCCCUGUCACUUGUCUAGCAAACAGAGCCUAAUUGACCAAAAUGAAGCCUGUAAAUCUUUGUGUCCUUGUAUGUAAGUUUACUUUUUUAUGGAGGGAAGACUCUAGAUAAUGACAGAUGAAGAUUACGAGAUGUAUUUUGCUCCUGUGAUUAGGUGAAAGCGCUCAUGGGUCCUAAAUCGCAUGUCACGCCUGCCCCUGCUCCGAGCAAGAGCCAGAGCUCCGCUCCAGACGGCCAACCUCGGUUCCAGUUCAUUAGUCAAAGUUAAGUUCUAGAACUACUUGUACUCAGUAACAGAACAAAACGACAAAACAAAAAAAAAAUUUUUUUUUCUUUUCUUCCUUUCCUUCUUUUUUUUCUUUUCUGUUGUGGAAAAGUGUGAAUCUGUUAUGAAGCCUUUGAUUUCCUAUGUCCUUAAGUACUGCCUAAAGAUAAAGCAAAUUUUAAACUGGCAAUUACGAAAAAGAACUUUUAGCUCUGAAGAGUUUAGUAGACUUUGUUAGAAUUAGGGAGGCCUUACAGACUGUCUUGACUUAAAGAGGGCACGUCACUCACUGUCUCUGCUGUGGGCUUUAUCUGCUCAAAUACCUUCAUUUGUAUAGUAUGUCUCACUUGAAAUUGCUUUGUAUACAUUUUGUAAAAAUAUUUAUAAAAUGUUUUGUAAAAAAAAAAGUAUAACAAAUUGCAGUUUAUUUUGUUAUGUUGGAUAAAUACUGUUAAAAAGAAACCAGUCAGUAACUAUAUUGUUAAUCCAUGGUUAGGAAAUGUUUAGUUGGAGAUUACAAAAUGAAACAACCAUUGCAAUACAGCCAAAGAUUUGGGAAAAUGUGCAA